AGAGUGUUUAAACCUCCCCCGGGGGGCCUCUCUGAGAAGGAAACUGACUAAUGGGUGCUAAAGACUCCCAAGCAGUAAGAAAACACUUUUUUCCCAAUCAGGCACCAGGGGCCAGAGUAAUUGCCAUUUUCAAGUGAUACGUGUCUGCUUCUUCGUGUUACUGAUCUUUCAAGCCUUUCUUUCCUCAGUCUGAAGAGUUGUCUGAUUCCUCGAAAGCUUUAACUGCCAACACCUGGCGGUGGGUGGGGUGCGUGAGUGGGGGACGCCUGAAUUGAGGCAGGUGUGUCUGGCAAAGGUCUCAAGUGUGUCUCUCUCUGGGAGAUGAGCUCCAGCCUAGGUGUGUUAGAGGCCGUUUAAAGAUUGUUAUUAUAGCCAAGUGAUGCUGAAUUCUGAUGAACUUUUCUUAGCUACUGGGCGGGCGGGGAUAGGAAGAGAGGAGAGGGUGAGAUUUCUAAAUGGUAGGUGUAAAAAAGAGUGAAAAUGAUUUCUUUUCAGUAAUGAGUUUGUUCCCAGAUUGGCUAAUGGGUGUCUCUAAGUCUACGCUACACUAAAGGAGCCCACUGUCUCACUGGCAUUCUGUAGCCCGUGGGUUCAGGGAGACUGUGUGGAAGGUCUACAAGUGUUUCAGCAUAACUCGGCUUUCGUUGCUCAGAGCGUUGCUGGCACUUUCUUUAAUCAGAAUGGAAAUAAGGACAAGCUGAGAGCCUGCAGACGCGCGGUACUUAAGGGAGAGACCCAGCGGUGUCUCCGUGUGGCGGGUGGAGGGAAGGCCGGGCUGGACUGUGUGGCCUUGCAGGCCCAGGGUCUCCUCCUUACCCUGCAUCUCCUCGUGGCCUCCCUCGGCCGGGCCUUCCCGCCUGGUCGUAGAGCUCUGGCCGAGAUGGACGACAGCGGCAUUAACAAAGAACUAAAGCAGAAACUGAACUUCUCGGGUUGUGAAGACGAGAGUGAGAUCGGAGAACAGCGGGAAGGCCCAGAGGGCGGGGAGGCCCGGAGCUGCACCCCAGACAAGUCUGGAGCUCCUGACUCAGAGGCCAAGUUCAUACCUCCCAGCACACCCCUCAGUGAGGUACGAGAACUCGCACUUUGGGAAAAUGACACAGGGAGUCCAGAGCCUGUUUUGAGGACUCUGAUGUCAGAAGCCCUCACGUGCCCUGCCACGCCAACCCAGCCAGGCGACCGGCGAAAGCUGCUGCACUGUGAGAGCCCCUUCACUCCCAGAGGCCAGCUGAGCCAGCCCGUGAUUUCCUCGACGGGGAAGCCGUUCGCCCGCGGCUCCAAGCACUUCAGGCUCACACCCGUGUCCUUCACAGACGAGGCCACCUCAUCAGCUCUGGUGAAUAUUAACCCCUUCACCCCGGAGUCCUACAGGAAACAGUUCCUUCAGUCCGGUGGCAAGAGGAAAAUCCGAGGAGAUGUCGAGGAAACUGAUCCAGGGGAAGGAAUGGCAGAGCAAGGGCUGCCUGCCAAGAGAUGUGUCCUACGAGAGACCGACAUGACUUCCCGCUAUGAAAAGGAGUUCAUGGAGGUAGAAAAGAUCGGGGUUGGGGAAUUCGGUACCGUCUACAAGUGCAUUAAGAGGCUGGAUGGAUGUGUUUAUGCAAUAAAACGCUCCACGAAAUCUUUUGCACAAUUAUCCAAUGAGAACUCGGCCUUGCAUGAAGUUUAUGCUCACUCGGUGCUCGGCCAUCAUCCCCACGUGGUCCGCUACUACUCCGCGUGGGUGGAGGAUGACCACAUGAUCAUUCAGAAUGAAUACUGCAACGGUGGGAGCUUGCAUGCUGCCAUAGCUGAAAACACCAAGUCCGGCAGUCAUUUUGAAGAGCCGAAACUCAAAGACAUCCUUCUACAGAUUUCCCUGGGGCUCAAGUACAUCCACAGCUCCGGCAUGGUGCACAUGGACAUCAAACCGAGUAACAUCUUCAUUUGUCAUCAGAUGCAAAGUGACUCUCAGGCGGUCCAAGAGGAGACUGAAAAUGACGCCGACUGGUUUCUCUCUGCUAAUGUGAUGUACAAAAUCGGAGACUUAGGUCUUGCAACAUCAAUAAGCAAACCCAAAGUGGAAGAGGGAGAUAUCCACUUCCUGGCUAAGGAGAUUUUGCAAGAGGAUUAUCAGCAUCUCCCCAAAGGAGACAUAUUCGCCUUGGGACUGACGAUGGCGGUGGCCGCGGGCGCAGAGCCCUUACCCAGCAACGGCGCCUCGUGGCAUCACAUCCGCCAGGGUCACCUUCCGCACAUUCCUCAGGAGCUCUCGGGAGAAUUCUACAGCCUGCUCAAGAGUAUGAUCCACCCGGACCCGAGGGAGAGACCCUCUGCAGCAGCCCUGGUGAGAAGCCCCGUUCUCCGUUCCUCGCUGGGGAAAGCGGAAGAGCUCCAGCUGCAGCUGAACUUGGAGAAGAUGAAGACAGCCACACUGGAAAGGAAACUGAGAGAAGUGCAGCAGGCCCUGUCCCCCCAGGAAGGCCACAGUGACCCUGAGGCCUUGGGGGCCCCCACAGCAUCACGCCCCAAACGCCUGGUGGGAGGAAAGAGUGCGAAGUCUUUGAGCUUCACCUAAGGGGAUUCUUCCUCCUAG